AUGACGAUACCCAUCUUCAUCCUCCUUUCCACCCUCGUCUCCAUCUUCCUGUCCGUUGUCGUGGCCGUGCCGGUGCUCAGAGUGCCCCAGCUCGACUGCCAGAAGGACCUGCGCGACCAGUACCGGGAAUGCAUCCAGGGCGCCGAGGGCCCGUGGGAUAAAGUCAUGUGCCACAUUGCCGCCGAGACGUGCUAUGCCGAACACUUCAGUUACCUCAGCGUACAGGCCACGGCGGGACACGGUCGCCAGACAUUAGAGACGCGGUAG